UUCUUUUUUGCACUUUUCUCUUUUCAAACUCAUCAAAUAAAGACUAAUCUAAAACAAUGAUUUUUUCAAAUAUUUCCCUAGCCAUUGUUUUGGUAAGUGGGAUAAUCAUGGCCAAUAUAUGUUUGGCCUCAUCCCUAUCUAAUAGGACAUUACAAUACCUCACACCAACCAAUGCAGCACGUGCUGAGGUGUCGCUACCCCCUUUAGUUUGGAACAAGACUCUUGCAGCUUUUGCUAGAUCAUAUGCUAAAAAGAGAGCAGUAGAUUGCAAAUUACAACACUCUGAAAGUCCAAUUUAUGGCGAAAACAUAGCAAUGAGUCCGGGAAGCAUAACUCCGGUUAAAGCCGUGGAUUUUUGGGUUAGUGAGAAGCUCAAUUACGAUUAUGGCUCUAAUACUUGCAAAGACUCAUGUGGGCAUUACACACAAAUUAUUUGGAAAGCUACCAAAAGUGUUGGAUGUGCUAGAGAAAAGUGUCAAAAUGAAGGCACUUUUAUUACUUGCAAUUAUUAUCCUCCUGGAAAUGUUGUUGGAGAGAAACCUUAUUAAGAAAUGCUUGGUAGAGUGGAAACUAUGUUUUGAAACCAAUAUUUUUUUAUUAACACUUUUUUUACUUUUUAAUGCCUCCGUAAUCAUUUUAAACAUACGUAGUAUAUGCGUAAAGUAGAGAUCGAUUUCACAUUGGAUGUUGUUGAUAUGUGACAACAACAAUGUUGAUGGUAUUAUGUGGUGCAUAAUUAAUGACUAAAUUGACUUAUUAGAA